UCAUUGUUCUUCACUUUCCUUAAUCCAAGUAGAGUUGUGUGAAGACAGUGGCUUGUGGUUGAAAAAUGCCACCAAAGCACAGGUAGCAUGGUAAGCUUUCCAAGAAGAGUGAAAUCAAAAUCUCAACUACUGUGAGAAAAUAGAUAAUAACAUUAAAGACAGUAAUAAAAAACUCAGAAAUUGUAAUGAUAACUUGACCCACUGAGAACCCAUCGAUGGAUAUGGUUGGAACUUUGAAUAAUUGAGAGGGCAUACCCACGGCUGAUUUUCAUUUUCAUUUCCAUUCUUCUGGUUAGUGCCUCCAUCUCCUUCUUUGCUUUCUAAAACCUUUCAUUUCCUUUUCCUUUUUUCCUUUUGUCACAUUGAAUCCAAUUGCAUAAGUUCUCUCUUGACCCAUAGUCCUUUGAGGCCCUUUGCUUGCUAAAAGUAAAACCCUUUCAUUGAAUCCGCACUGCUGGUAUUUUUUGUCAUCUGGUUUCCUGGAGGAGAAAAAGUGGGAAAUCCCAAAUAGGAAAUGGAGGAAAUUGUUGUUACGAUUGCAGCAAAAGUUGCAGAGUACCUGGUCGCUCCAAUUGGACGUUCAUUUGGCUAUCUGUUUAACUACCGCAGCAACAUUGAUGAUCUCAGGCAACAAGUUGAGAAGCUGGGGGAUGCCAGGGCUAGGUUGGAGCGAUCUGUAGAUGAAGCUAUUAGGAAUGGGGAUGAAAUUGAAGCUGAUGUUGACAAGUGGCUUUUACGUGUUAGUGGGUUCAUGGAAGAGGCUGGCAUAUUUUUUGAGGUUGAGAAGAAAGCAAACCAGAGCUGUUUCAAUGGGUCCUGUCCAAAUUUGAAGUCACAAUACCAGCUAAGCAGGGAAGCGAAGAAGAGGGCAAGGGUUGUUGCUGAAAUUCAAGGAGAUGGAAAAUUUGAGAGGGUAUCAUAUCGUGCUCCUCUGCCAGGGAUAGGAUCUGCGCCUUUCAAAGGUCAUGAAGCUUUAGAAUCAAGAAUGACUACUUUGGAUGAAAUUAUGGAGGCCUUGAGGGAUGCUCAUGUCAAUAUCAUUGGGGUAUGGGGAAUGGCUGGUGUGGGGAAGACCACACUGAUGAAACAAGUAGCUAAACAAGCUGAAGAAGAGAAGUUAUUUGACAAGGUGGUUAUGGCUUAUAUAUCUUCCACUCCUGAGUUGAAAAAAAUUCAAGGUGAACUUGCAGACAUGCUUGGUUUGAAAUUUGAGGAGGAGAGUGAAAUGGGAAGAGCGGCUCGACUAUGUGAGAGGUUGAAGAAAGUGAAGAAGAUCCUCAUCAUUUUGGAUGAUAUUUGGACUGAACUCGAUCUGGAGAAAGUGGGAAUUCCUUUUGGAGAUGAUCAUAAGGGAUGUAAAAUGGUGCUCACCUCUAGAAAUAAACAUAUAUUGUCCAAUGAGAUGGGUACUCAAAAGGAUUUCCCUGUUGAACAUUUACAAGAAGAAGAAGCAUUGAUUUUAUUUAAGAAGAUGGCAGGUGAUUCCAUUGAGGAGCCAGAUUUGCAAUCCAUAGCAAUUGAUGUAGCAAAAGAAUGUGCAGGUUUGCCAAUUGCAAUCGUAACAGUGGCAAAGGCAUUAAAAAACAAGGGUUUGUCUAUAUGGGAGGAUGCCUUGCGACAACUAAAGAGGUCUAUUCCAACAAACAUUAAAGGAAUGGAUGCAAUGGUAUACUCAACUCUGGAGUUGAGUUACAAACACUUGGAGGGUGAUGAAGUUAAGUCCUUGUUCUUACUUUGUGGUUUAAUGUCUAAUAAGAUUUAUAUUGAUGAUUUAUUGAAAUAUGGUAUGGGUCUGCGAUUGUUUCAAGGAACUAAUACAUUGGAAGAGGCAAAAAACAGAAUUGAUACAUUGGUCGAUAGCCUCAAAGCUUCAAAGCUGUUACUAGACACUGGCCACAAUUCAUUUGUUAGAAUGCAUGAUGUUGUUCGUGAUGUUGCCAUAGCAAUUGUAUCCAAGGUCCAUCGUGUAUUUUCUCUGCGAGAAGAUGAAUUGGUAGAGUGGCCAAAGAUGGAUGAACUCCAAACCUGCACCAAGAUGUCUCUGGCUUACAAUGAUAUUUGUGAACUUCCUAUAGAAUUGGUAUGUCCGGAACUUGAACUUUUUUUAUUCUAUCACACCAUUGAUUAUCAUCUGAAAAUCCCAGAGACAUUUUUUGAAGAGAUGAAAAAACUCAAAGUUUUAGACCUUUCUAAUAUGCAUUUUACAUCACUACCUUCAUCACUCCGUUGCCUUACAAAUCUUCGAACAUUGAGUUUGAAUUGGUGCAAGUUAGGAGACAUCUCGAUAAUUGUAGAGCUAAAGAAACUAGAAUUUUUUAGCUUUAUGGGUUCGAAUAUUGAAAAGUUGCCCAGAGAAAUAGCGCAGUUGACCCAUCUAAGGCUGUUUGAUUUGCGGGACUGUUCCAAACUUAGAGAAAUUCCACCAAAUGUCAUAUCAAGCUUGUCCAAAUUAGAAAAUUUGUGCAUGGAAAAUAGUUUUACUCUAUGGGAGGUGGAAGGAAAAAGUAAUGCUUCCAUUGCUGAGUUCAAAUAUUUGCCCUAUUUAACUACUUUAGACAUACAAAUACCAGAUGCCGAACUGUUGCUGACAGACGUCCUGUUUGAGAAGUUGAUAAGAUAUAGAAUAUUUAUAGGUGAUGUCUGGAGCUGGGAUAAAAAUUGUCCAACCACAAAAACAUUGAAGCUCAAUAAGCUCGAUACAAGCCUUCGUCUAGCUGAUGGUAUUAGCUUACUGUUGAAAGGAGCAAAAGAUCUACACUUGCGUGAACUGAGUGGUGCUGCAAAUGUUUUUCCCAAGUUAGAUAGGGAAGGUUUUCUUCAAUUAAAGUGUCUCCAUGUUGAAAGAAGUCCAGAGAUGCAACAUAUCAUGAAUUCAAUGGAUCCAAUUCUGUCACCUUGUGCUUUUCCUGUUCUGGAGUCAUUAUUUCUCAAUCAGUUGAUUAACUUGCAAGAAGUAUGUCAUGGCCAACUUCUAGUAGGGUCCUUUAGUUACUUAAGAAUUGUAAAAGUGGAAUAUUGCGAUGGUUUAAAAUUCCUCUUUUCAAUGUCUAUGGCUAGAGGCCUUUCAAGACUUGAAAAAAUAGAAAUAACUAGAUGCAAAAAUAUGUAUAAGAUGGUUGCACAAGGAAAAGAAGAUGGAGAUGAUGCUGUUGAUGCAAUUUUGUUCGCUGAGCUGAGAUACUUGACUUUACAACAUUUACCGAAGCUCAGAAAUUUCUGCUUAGAAGGGAAAACAAUGCCUUCCACCACGAAGAGGUCACCAACAACUAAUGUAAGGUUCAACGGCAUUUGUUCAGAGGGUGAACUUGAUAAUCAAACAUCGGUUUUCAACCAACUGUAUUAUGCCUUGUCCUCAGUAGUUUGGCAUAUACAAAUGAUGCAAUAUACCAUUGUUCUUAUGCUCUCCGAGUUUCUCAUGUUACAGGAGGGUUGGCAUGGUCAACUCCUACUUUCCUUCUGCAACCUCCAGUCCCUGAAGAUAAAGAAUUGUGCUUCACUGUUGAAAGUACUCCCACCCAGUUUGCUUCAAAACUUACAGAAUUUGGAAGUACUAAUAGUGGAAAACUGUAAACAAUUUGAAGAAGUAUUUGAUCUUGAAGGGCAAAAUGUCGAUGAUGGACCUGUUGGGCUCCUGCCUAAGUUAGAAAACUGAGUUUAAUUGGUUUGCCUAUGUUGAGACAUAUAUGCAACAAGGACCCUCGACACAUUCUGUGCUUCCAAAACCUGAAAUGGUUAAAAUACACAAAUGUGGAAGCUUGAGAAACCUUUUCCCUGCUUCUAUGGCCUUGGGUCUUAUGGGCACUAUCAUAUUUCCUAAGUUAAUCCAUCUUUCACUAGAAUCUUUACCCAGCCUAACAAGUUUCUAUCAAGCAUAUCAUGUUCUAAAAAGGUUUGAUUCUGCAGAUGAUAUCCCAGUUGCAGUGCUCUUUAAUGAGAAGGCUGCGUUGCCUAGCUUGGAGCUAUUAAACAUCUCAGGACUGGAUAAUGUGAAAAAGAUAUGGCACAACCAACUUCCUCAAGAUUCCUUCACCAAACUAAAAGAUGUGAAGGUGGCAUCCUGUGGACAACUGCUGAAUAUUUUUCCAUCCAGUAUGUUGAAAAGGUUACAGAGUCUACAGUUUCUGAAAGCAGUGGAUUGUAGUUCAUUAGAAGAGGUUUUUGAUAUGGAAGGGAUAAAUGUGAAGGAAGCUGUAGCAGUCACUCAGUUGAGUAAAUUGAUUCUACAAUUUCUGCCAAAGGUUAAACAGAUAUGGAAUAAGGAACCCCGUGGAAUUCUCACUUUUCAAAACUUAAAAUCAGUAAUGAUUGAUCAAUGUCAGAGUUUGAAAAACCUUUUUCCAGCAUCUUUAGUCAGAGAUCUAGUGCAACUUCAGGAACUGCAAGUGUGGUCUUGUGGGAUAGAGGUAAUUGUUGCAAAGGACAAUGGAGUCAAGACAGCAGCUAAGUUUGUAUUCCCUAAAGUAACCUCUCUCAGACUCUCCCAUCUACAUCAACUCAGGAGUUUCUACCCAGGGGCACAUACUUCACAGUGGCCAUUGUUGAAAGAACUGAAGGUGCAUGAGUGCCCUGAAGUCGAUUUAUUUGCAUUUGAAACUCCAACAUUCCAACAAAUACAUCAUAUGGGAAAUCUUGAUAUGCUGAUUCACCAGCCCCUUUUCUUGGUGCAACAGGUUGCAUUCCCUAACUUGGAGGAAUUAACAUUGGAUUACAACAACGCGACAGAAAUAUGGCAAGAACAAUUUCCAGUUAAUUCCUUUUGCAGACUAAGAGUUCUGAAUGUAUGUGAAUAUGGAGAUAUUUUGGUUGUCAUUCCUUCCUUUAUGCUUCAAAGAUUACAUAAUCUGGAAAAACUUAACGUGAAAAGAUGUAGUUCAGUCAAAGAGAUAUUCCAACUUGAAGGACAUGAUGAGGAAAAUCAAGCCAAGAUGCUUGGACGGUUAAGAGAAAUAUGGUUGCGUGAUCUUCCAGGGCUGACCCAUUUAUGGAAGGAAAACUCCAAACCAGGCCUUGAUUUGCAAAGUCUGGAGAGUCUUGAAGUGUGGAAUUGUGACAGUUUGAUAAAUUUGGCACCAUGCUCGGUAUCUUUCCAAAAUCUAGAUACUCUAGACGUGUGGUCUUGUGGCAGUCUGAAAAGUUUGAUAUCACCCUUGGUAGCUAAAAGUCUGGUAAAACUCAAAAAACUCAAAAUAGGUGGAUCACAUAUGAUGGAAGUAGUAGAGCCCGUUUGGCAGUGAUUUUUAAAAGUGUUUCUACCCUUAAAAACACUUUUAAGUGUUUUUGGGAUGAAAAUAAAGUGUUUGGCAAAUUUUAAAAAACAGUUUUGAAAAUCUGGAAAAACACUUGAAGUGAUUUUUAGAGAAUCACUUGACAGGUGUUUUUUUUUAAAAAACACUUCAAUUUUUUUGAAAUAUUCCAAAAAUGCCCUCCAGUGAUUCCCGAUAUCUUUAUUCCCUUUCGUUCAUACCUCUCUCCUUUAUUCUCCUCCUCCAUCGCUCUCCAUCUGAGACAACACAGUAAACC